CCCCGGUUCACGCGCGCCUCUAGGUAACGAACGCGGUGGCUCGAGGAGAAAAUAAGGAAAAACUUUGUUUAAAAAAAAUGGCGGAGGGAGCAACGUCUCUGAAAGGGCUGCGAGCACAAAUGGCUGCUGCCGCUCAGGCGCAGGCCGAGGAGCGUCGCAGCCUGGCGGGGACCAGCCCAGGACACGCAGCAGCCCCAGCCGCCAGCAGCAGCAGCACCACCCCAAAGAGCCACGCCAAACCAGUCAUUGACGGCGCUGCACUUAGGAUAGACGACAAACUGCGGGUGGCCAAAGAGAGGAGAGAAGAGCAGGAAAAACAGCAAGCGGUGCGCGGGUCUCAGAUCCUGGAGCGGGAGCGCCGAGCCAAGCUGCAGGUGGAGAGACAGAUGGAGGAGAGACAGCGGAGGCUGGAGGAGCAGCGCCGGAAAGAGGAGCAGAGGAGGGCAGCUGUCGAGGAGAAGAGGAAACAGAAACAAGAGGAAGAAAAGGAGCACUUUGAGGCAGUGAUGCGACGCACUAUGGAGCGUAGUCAGAGGAUGGAACAGAGACAGAAGAGGUGGUCCUGGGGAGGCCUCACUGACUCUGACAACAAAAACGGCGAGAGUGACGGUGGCCCCGCCUCCUCCUCCUCCUCCUCCCCAGUCACUGUAGUAAUCUCUCCAGCCUCUCCAGUCUCCAGGCCUCCCAGGAGCCAGACACCACAAGACAAGCGUUCCACCUCCACCUCAAACCUGAAGCAACCGACUGACCCAGCCAUCACCAAACGCCUCUCCUCUUCCUCCACCGCCCUGCUCAGCUCUCCUGAUAAAAGUGCUAAACGGAGGAGUUCGUCUUUGAAUCGGUUGCCUAGCAAUACCCCUCGAGCCUCUAAGGACACGCAUAAGCAGCCUCAGGUGGCGCAGACAGGCCCCACCUUGAAGAAACGGAGCUCCUCCCUCUCGCGGGUAGGGAGUACAGCCCCUCCCCCUGACAAACCAGAGAAAGCCACGCCCAGUGAGCCAGCCCGCCGCACCUCCGCCGGCCCCGUGGACAGCAGUGUCCUCCGUCGCCUGCUCAGCCCCACCCAGGCCUCCCUAGCUCGAAGCAAGAGCGUUGCAGCCCUUUCAGCCCAAGGAGCAGACAUGCCAGAGUCUCACCUGUGUCCUCGCUCAGUGUCGGCCAGCGCCCUGCAGACCUCUGCCCGUGGACCCCUGCGCAGCCGCAGCACCGACUGCCAGAAAGGUCCUCCGAGCUCCGCCUCGGCCGACGCCAUCUCUGGCAUGUCCCAGAAUGCUGAGAAGGCCAGUCGCUUCACUUCACCUGUAGGGAAGCGUCCUCCGUCCCCGUCCGCCACGCCAGGCCGCCACCGCUCCCCCUCCCCAGGUCCCUGCCUCUCUGGCGCCACCCGGAGGACAGCCUCCCCUGGAUCAGCAAGGCAGAGUCCCCGCUUCUAUCCCCCAUCCCCCAGCGGGAUGAAGCAGCGGCCUCCGUCCCCUCAGCCCGCCACGGCCACGGCCAAACCUCCACCUGUCCAGAAGCCCUCGCUUACCCCCACCGGCCCUCCCAUCCUCCGCAAGAGGGAGUCCAAGCCCAAAGAUACAUCACCCAUGACUCCUGUUACACCCCUACCUCAAGAGGGCAGCACUGCCAGCCCCACCCCCAGCACUAAGCCUAAGGAGGAUCUCAGCACAAAAGCCACGGCCGGCACUACCUCUGCUGCCGAGGCCGCCAAGAUCCUGGCAGAGAACCGUCGCCUGGCCCGGGAGCAGAAAGAGAGGGAUGAGCAGCUUCGGGUACAGAGAGAGGAGGAAGAGAGGCUGAGAAAGGAGGAGGCGCAGCGUCUGGCCGAGAAGGAGCGCGCAAGGCGUUUGGAGGAAGAGAAGGUUUGGGCAGAAGAGAAGAAGAGGCAGGAGGAGGAGCAGGCCCUCAAGGCGGAGGAGGAGCGGCAGAGGCUGGAGCUGGAGGAGCAGGAGAAACAGGCGGAGCUCCAGAAAGAGCGCGAGGAAGCCGAAGCUAAGGCGAUGGAGGAGGCUGAGAAGCAGCGUCAGGAGCGAGAGCGCAUCAUGCAGCAGAACCAGCAUGAGCGCAUGGAGAGGAAGAAGCGAAUUGAGGAAAUUAUGAAAAGGACCAGAAAAACGGACCAAACUGAUUUCAAGAGUGGCGAUGAGGGAGGCCUUCCAGCCGAGAACGGCGACGAGAUGUCCGAUCAGAUAAACUGUGAAACCAAGGAGCACCAGUCAGAGCAGACAGCAGAGCCGGUGGACCAGUCGGAAGCCCUGGACCGGGGCACACCUUCAGAAGAAGGCCUGACAGAACGGGAGGAGCCUCUCGGCAGUGUGAAUGGACAGAGCGAAUCAGCCGGCACUGAGCAGAGCGGCCCUGGUGCCGCUCAGCCUCCAGCCGUCAGUGAUCCCUGUCUGAAGACGCGUUUGGUGGAGGGCUCGGAGUUUCUGAACGAGGACUCUAAAGUGGGACUGAAUGGAAAAGCGGGGCCCUGGAGCUUUGAGGAGCUCAUUGAUCUGGGGCUGCACCCUAAAGGCCUGAUAGACUGUGAUGGGGGUCCUGAGGGGCCCAGAGUGGCUUUUGAAGAGAAGUCAGUGCCUGUAAACCCCCUCCUCCCCACCCAGCCCAUUGAAGCCCUGUCUGAGAUGUGAUUGGACGUCUUUGCCUAGGGCCUGUUUCUAAUUGCACUCUGAGACGCAUGUCCUGUUGAGCUCCAAAGUUUCUUAGCCUCGGCCCCUGCUCCUCCAAGACAAAGGUGGAUUAACAAUUAAUACAAUAAAAAGCAAGUGAAAACAGAAAAGAAAAAUGCUUCAGGGAAAAAGUAUUCUUUAACUGUGCUUAAUUCUCAUUUCCAGCUGCUUCUUGGCACCGUUUGUGUCUUGUUAGAGUUUUUUUCCAUUGCUGUUCUUUUUAUUUUGGUCUCUUUUUUAAAACACAGUGGGUCUGCUGUUGUAAUUCACCUGGCUUUGCAUUUUUGGCUGUGGUCACAUCCUGGUUAUGGUUUUGGUGGCGUCACUGUUGUCAUUCAUACCCAAACCAUUGUCAAACGUCACGUAUGUUCAUAAACAAGUUUUAAAGCCGAGCAAUAUUGUGAACGAUCCCACAAGGGCAGAGGGUCUGAGCAAACACGGCCAGUCAAUGUGAAGUGAGGGUGCAGAAGUCCCACACUGACUUUUAAAUCUUUUCGAACUGUAACAAGUAGUCAAGAAUGUGACAAAUUGGAAUCUGUCCUUGAAUUAGUAUGACCAGACAGAUGUCGACAGGCUAAGGUAUGAUUUUGGCCUCUCCAGCCUGUUUUACGUCAGGCUCCAUUGGGCUACUGGCCCAGCCUCCUCACCAACAGGCUUCCUGUCCCUAAUUUUCCUCUCUGCAGCUGUGAAGCAUUCCUUGUAUAAAAUAUGUAGAUAGCAAAUCUUGGUCAGGAUAUUUCAGAAGAGGGUCUUGUUUGACAAGAGGGGAGCUGCCACAGCUAAAUUUCAAACUCAGCAAUUUGCCAUUGCUUUGAGCUUUAAAGAAUGGAGCUCAACACAAAUAAUCUUGUUAACACUUAUGACUGGUUAAAUGAAGUUCUAGUGUUGAGUUACAGGUUUGUGGUAGUUGCCUUACAUUAUUUACAUUUUCUUCUACAUGUAUAUAAGCAUAAACAUAGUUUGUUACUUCUUAAGUAUAACUUAAGUACAACCUAAGAAAAAAAGUAUAACUUAAGUUUACAUGUAAGCAUGAAUCUACACUUUAUUACAACUAGUUAUAGCACACACAAUGGAAUUACUGUAACGCCUUUAAUAAUUGCACAUUCAGAUGUGAUGGGUGUGUGUUCUUUGUUCCCCUCCAGGUUUUGGGCAAAGGGAUUCUAGUUUCCAUUUUAAAGCUUGAAUGAUUUCGAAGAGUCCUAGAAGGCCCCAAGUUCCCUCAGGGUUAUACAGUUCCAUUGGGCCUUAAUGUGUUAGCAAGUACCUUUUUUCCCCCUCCUCUGUCCCUAUGGUCCAGUACUCCACAGCUACUUUUAUGGCUUCUUGCAAAAUUAUUUGAAUUACUUUAAAAUACUAUGCUAGUAAAUUUGGCUGUCUCCAUAUAUUAAGAUGUAUGCCUUAAAAUAUUUCUACAUGUGUAAGUGUUAUGUACAUAAUCAGUAUUAGACUGUAACGCUACGUUGGGUUGGGGAAAGUGAAGGGGAGGUAUGUUUGAUUUGUCCUCUGUAACACAGUUUAGUUUAACCCCAUCAGACUCAAGAAUUUUCACAUAGUGCUGUUACUAAAUGGGACCCUGUAUCCACGGUAUCCAACACUGGCGAGUCAGUUACCUGGUCUAUGCCUGCCACUACACGGCAGCAGCUGCUCUGUCCCUUUGGAUGACACGUUACAAGAGCCUACCCUCAUUUUCCUCUCAGGGGAGUGCGUGGAGUGAAACAUGUGAGACAUAUGAAAGUCGCUUGUAGGGGUGCGUGCAAGUUAUGGUUGGGAAAAAUACUUUAUCAUUGCUGUCCAGUUGUCUUUUGAAUAGGACCGGUGUAUAGUAGUUACAGAAAAAUGUGGUAAAGUAGAGAAUGCUGUGGAUGAAGAUGUGCUCAGGACUACACACCUAAAUAUGUACUGAGCAGGUGCGCUAUCCAUGUUCUAGUGCUGUCUGUAGAUUAGGGAGCCCAAGUCCCAUCAGUUUCAGCCCUAAUCUAGCACACCUGAGUAACAUUUAUGAAGCUUCUGAAGAACUUGAUUAACUGGAUCAGAUAUGUUGGUAUUAAAACCAAACUCUGCAGGUCAGUAGAACACCAAGACAGGACUUGGGUAUCCCUCCUGUAGAGCCUACUGCUAGACCAUCACUAGCAGUCUAUAGUCUAGUAGCUAUUUCAGGGCAAAGCUUGAACUACAUAUGCUUGAAUUGUCUGAAGGUUAUGGGUCCAGUAGUCUGAUUUGGCAUUAUUGUUUGCAUUGGGUUUUUAUCACACACUAAAGAACUCAACAAUUGUCUGAGGCCAUUGGGUACAAGGACUCUGUCUAUUUAUUUAGGGUUGUGGUCAUUCAUAAAAAUAACCAACUAAUUAGUGUCAUCCUCAUAACCUCCUCCUCUGUGACUAAAGCCAUGGGUCCCUUCCUCCAGGGCUUAGAACAUUUAUAUUUAUUGCUUCUGAUUAGUUUUAUUCAUUUAAUUGUCAAGGACAAGAGACAGUUGCACUGUGUAAAGUUUCAGAUCGUGAACCCAAAACUGUCCAAGAUUGCAGUGGUACAGCUGAUGACACAGGUGAGCAGUGACGAAUAUACCCUAGGAGAGGAGGGCGUGCCUUUUUUUUUUUCUUUUUUUUUUGCCCUCGUUCUUGGCCUUUCUGCAGCCCAUAUUUAACAAGCACUAGGCUUUUAGAAACAAUAGACACCUCCGAGUGCUUGCAGGCAUGCUGUGGUUGUGGUCGCCGUGGAACUGGGCAUUCGGUCGUAGGCCGGCAUGCUUUGUUUGUGUGCCGUCUUUGCAGAGUCAGCACGGCCACUUUUAGACACGGUCACACCGGUGUAGUAGCUGCUUCCCGUUACAGGACCUUAAGCACUCUGUGUAUUUUGGCUUUAGAGAUCUUCUCUGGCUUAAAGUACUGCCUGUAGAGUUGAAUCGUGCCUUAGAUACAGAGUAGGCAAAAUGUUUAUUUUCAUAUCUCAGAAAUUAAAAUGUUACAUGUGCUUAGUUUGCCCUUGACAAUCAUUUUACUUGACCAAGGCCCUGAAUAGGAUCUAAUUUUGUUUUGGGUUUUUUUUGUUUGUUUGUUUCUUUUUUGAGAAAUAUGCGUGUCUAGAAAUUAUAUUGUAAAUAUAUAAGUGUACUGGAAAAGAUACAAAAUGUUAAAAUAAAGUUUUGCAAGAUUAAAUAAAUGCUGUUGGGCAUAAGUCACUCA